UAUAGUGCUAUUCUGCAUAGUUAUCAGAACCUUCGAAAUUUGAGUCAUAAAUGGAUGGGUUUGGAUGAGAAUGAAGCAGAGGUGUGCAACGGAAAGGACGAUGCUUGUCAAAUGUGGACCUUAUGCACUCAUGCUUAUUAUGAUUUAGCACAUGUCUCUCCGGUGGUAUUUCUAUUCCUUUUGAAAGAAUGUUAUUUUUAUGGCACGUGUAAGGCGACAGCCAAAUUCCGAGCCCUUCAACAUCAAGUAUUUCUUGUGCUCCAUAAUGAUCCAAAACCUGGACCAGCAAUUUUUGUUGUUCAGUGCCUGUACUUGUCUCCUUUAUUUGAAAAUCAUAGUCAAGGUUUCACUCAUUUGAUGAUAUCUGCUCUUCGCCGCUUCCUAAAAAGAUCAACCACUUCAGAAGACUCCUUGGAAGUGAAAGACUCAGCUGCCCAUUUACUCAUUGAUAUUAUUAGGGGCAAGAUCUGUCAUGAUGAAAAGAUAGUCAUGAAAGUACUGGAGAUUGUUGAUGUAAAGCUAACAAAUAUUGAGAACGCAAUGUGCCAAAUUAAGAAAAAGCACGAUUUAAGUUGUGGCACAGCAAUAGAAUUUGUGGAGCAGUAUAUUUUUCAAUUGGUAGAAUCCCAGUUGUACAUGCAAGCUGUCACUUUAAUAGAGCAUUUUUCUAUCCGACAUUAUGGCCAGUCUCUUCUCCUUGAUAUGAUACAGAAAAAUCAAUUCAAUGCUGCAGAGAAGUGGGCAACAUUUAUGGGUAGGCCAAUGUUGUUCAUUCUUGUUGAGGAGUUCAUUGAGAGGAACAUGCUAAAGAAUGCCUAUGAGACUAUACAGAAAAAUAAUCUAAAGCAGGAUUUUCCAGAAGUAUACAAGCGGUGUAAAGAAAGCUCACUAAAGUACUUAGCAGAAAAAGGAUGUUGGGAUGUUGCUGAGGCAAGGACAAACAAUGAUAGACAGCUCAUGGAAUAUUUGGUUUAUUUGGCAAUGGAAGCUGGUUACGCGGAGAAAGUUAAUGAACUUUGUGAUCGGUACUCCAUUGACAGGUUUCCGGAUGUCAAAGUACCUGAAACAAGUAUUCAGCAAGGGCGUUAUUUAAAUCUGAAUGAACUAUUGGUUGAAGACAUCAUUUGGGUUGAUGAAGUUGAAGGUUUGCUUGAUGCAACAAGUCAUAUUGAGGAUUUUAAAGUUGUAGGUGUUGAUUGUGAAUGGAAACCUAAUUAUGAAAAAGGCAGCAAGCCAAACAAGGUAUCUAUCAUGCAAAUUGCUUCUGAAAAGAUGGCUUUUAUCUUUGACCUGAUAAAAUUACACAGGGAGGCGCCUGACGUUUUAGAUAACUGUCUAACUCGCAUUUUGCUGUCGCCUAGAAUUCUAAAACUCGGGUACAAUUUCCAAUGUGAUAUGAAGCAACUUGCUCGCUCUUACGAAGAAUUGAAAUGUUUCAAGAACUAUGAAAUGUUGCUGGACAUCCAGAAUAUUUUUAAAGAAGCUCGGGGUGGUUUGGCUGGGCUUGCAGAGAAAGUACUGGGAGCCAGUUUAAACAAGACAAGACGAAACAGCAACUGGGAACAACGACCUUUAACUCCAAACCAACUAGAAUAUGCUGCGCUGGAUGCUGUUGUACUUGUUCACAUAUUCCACCAUCUUCCUGUUCAAGGACAUGAUAAGUUUGAGUGGAAGUCUUGCAUCGUGUCCCACCCGGAAAAAACCAAGAAAUCCAAGAAAUAUGUUCCAAAAGUUGAAGAGACUGAGAUUGGGACCAACAAGCAUUGAUCCUGAACUGAGAUCUAAUUUGUUUUAAUUGAUUAAAGUGCAAAAUGGAA